UUUUGUCGUCGUUUGGUACAAUCACGAAAAGUAUUAUUCUUUAGUCGCUUUCAUUAUGGAUGUGUACCACCGAAAUGCAACUGGUUUGAAGGAGCGCAUGCUGUUCAAUACGACACAAACGAUUUUUCAACAUUUCAAAGCAGUUCGAGCUGCCAUAUUCGCAGGGAUGACACUGUUCUCGUGUUUACCGAUUUACGACAUUUUUUUCCGAAGAAUUUUAACGAAAUUGUCUCCGAUGAUGUUUCCAUAUUUGGAUGACCAAGUCCUCCAAGGAUAUUUGAUUUCUUGUGUACUGAAUAUCGUCUGGGCCGGCUGGAGUUACAUCGGCAUCUAUGGUGUUAGUUGUAUGUUCCUGUUAUAUGUGCAUGUGUAUGAUGCACUUGUGUCGCUAGUCGAGGACGAUUUAAAUGCAUUCGAUGCCACGUGGGAAACGAAAUGUGUUGACAUUAAACGACGGAAAUUUGCAUUUAAAAACAUAAUGCUAAAGUUUAUGGAUAUAGCCAGAUAUAGCGUUUACAUGAACGAACGGUUCAACUUUAUUACAACUAUACAGAUGGGGUCUACAUAUUUAUCGUUCACAACAGUACUUUUUGGCAUUAUAAAGGCUGACUUUAUCAGUGGCAUAGGUGCCAGCGUCUAUUAUGUAACUCAAAUUUUAACGUUUUCUUUCAUCGGACAAAUCAUGCAAGACACGACUGAUAGAAUCGGUGAUAUUAUAUGCAAUACAAAUUGGUAUAAGUAUGACGUCAGCUAUCAACAGGAUUUAAUACUCCUACUAAGUAUUAUGCAAAACGUCUCUUGCGUUCGUAUUGCCGAUAUUUACCCAUUGAACUUUGAAAGAGGUCUCGCGAUCCUAAAGAGCAUUUACAGUAUUUUCAUGUUUUUGGUAGAAGUCGCGUGAAAAGAUGAAGCCAGUGAAUUUCAGUUUGCACAUGAAAUGCUUUUCAAUGAAAGUUUCAUUUGAAACAAAGUUUAGCUCAUUUCGGCUCAUUUGACGAAGCUUUGAAACAAAUACAGAAAAUGCACGCAUUGGUUAUUUCCUAGUGUUAGCUACAAAACACUUUUUAUUUGUCUCGGACGUUUGGAAGAUGUUUAUAGCACGAGCGGCGAUUUGAUUAUAAUUACAACAAAACGGAUGGUAACAAUGGACUACCUGCAAAUUGAAAAAUCAUGAAAUAACUUUAAAGCAUUUUUGAAUGAAACUUAAUUUUUUCUGCAUAUUAGAUGACACCACCCCUGGAAUUAGGUAAAAUAAAGGGUUGUACCUUCGGAAUAUUGAAUGUAAAAAUAAACAACAUUUACCA